AUGAACCUACGAGCGAGGGCCUUCAUAGGCCUGUUGUGUGUAGGACUUGCAACGGCUCAGCUGAACUACCGGCCCGAGUUUAUAUCGGCUGGCCAGGGCUUUCAGAGUAAAUCCAUUUCCAAACGUCAAGCUCCGGGUGGUGAUGGUGCUGAUGUUAUUCCGCAUGAUAUGAAAAAGCAAACUACUUUCUGGUGGGUUGCGCCAGACUCUCCUUUUAAAGCUACUAAAAUAGGUGGCGGUGUGCAGGAGCCUCCAGGAGGCGGACAGGACGCAGCUGCAGUAGCUGCUGCUGCUGGUGCCGCGGGACAGACAGGCGCAUUCGGAGCUACACAAUCUAAUUUCCAGUCAACGGCCACUAGAACGUUCGGAGCUGGUGCGGCCGGGCAAAGUGGACAGGUUUCCGGUGGAGCUACCGCGUCGGUACAAAGCGCUACAGCUUCUAGAACCAUUGGUAGUCAAACAGGAAUUGCAGGUCAACAAGCUGGAACGUUUGGCGCUGGAAGAACAACUAUUUCCAGAACGUCGACUGCCACUACAAGAACCUUUGGAGCGGGAGCUGCCGGAGCAGCAGGACAAUUCGGACAAACAACGAACACACAAACAGGUGCAACAGCUGCAAGAACGAAUACUUUCAGUUCUACUUCUAACCAGGUAAGUACCGGAACGGCUCCAGCUCAGCCGACUGUCACCGGAGGUGUACGGACAACCAGCAGCUUCAGUAAAACUACAUCAACCACAUCAACGGGUGUAGCUCCGGUGCCUGUCCCAGGUCAAACCACAGCAACCAGCGAGUUCAACGCAGCCGGAGUUCGCACGGACACCGCCACCACCUCAAAUACUAACACCGCUAUUACUUCAACUAAUACGCAACAACAGCCGCCUCCUUUCCAAACUAACACAGGAACGACUUCUACUUUCGGAACGGCUAGCAGAACUACCGUAACCGGUACAAGAACUGGACUGCCGCCUUCUCCUAUUCUGCCAAGUCCAGGUGCAGGUUCCACCGUCACCAGGACGCAGGAACGAACGGGAACCGGUCUUACCAGCCACACCAUCACAACCGGUGUCAAUGUACAGCCGUUCUUUAAAAAGACCACCGUCACUUCAUCCGGAUACGAUUAUCCCGUGCCGGCAACCAUACCCUGUUACGAGGCCAGCAAAGUCUGUACACCGAACGAGUUCUGCGUAAACGGAUUCGUCGAAGAGGAGCAGUUGAAUCAAUUCAACACCAACAACCAGAAUUGCAAUUCGGCGACUGAGCAGUGUUGCAAGAUUCGCCCAACGCCACCGGCAACGCAGUGUCCAGACGACAGCUAUGUCUGCGUAUCACCCAGCUUAUGCAACAACGGUUUACUGAACUUUGAUGCGCAGAACGCGAUUUCGUCCCUUCAACCGAACGGCCAAUGUUUCUCCCCGGAAGUAUGCUGCCGAACGCAGUCCCUGAUCUCCGAGUCGUCCGUGCUGACCAACGAAGGAUACGUAGUAAGAGUACCAAACAAUCAAUACCUUCCACCGGAAGGAGCAAACACAAACACUGACGUUGUAACAGCACCCCCACCACCACCACCACCACGACCCACUACACCACGCCCACCACCACCACCCACACCAACACGUUACAUUCCACCACAAACCACCACACGUUACGUACCACCACCACAGCCACCAACACCCACUCGCUAUGUACCGCCACAAACCACCACGAGGUACUUCCCACCACCGCCACCGUCCACCACGCGCCCUCCAUACCGUGGUGAUGAGUAUGUUCCCCCAAGGGAAGAGGUUCCGGCAUCAUCCAAUGACGAUCCUAAUGCAGUGAGACCUCCACAGGAUGAAGUACCGAAUCCAGCCAACGACACGCCAAUUGCGGUGCGACCUUCGCCACCACCUCGGCCAGUACAACCACCCCCCGUAGGAGGAGACGCUCCACCACCACUACCGCCAAUCGGUUGCUCAGCUGCUAUGAACUGUACAGAGACCCAAUUCUGUUCGUCCACUGGUGUUAUUUCGAAGACGCCCGUCACCCUAACACCGGAGCAGGAGCUGUUCCGCGUCCCAGUCACCGAGUGCCGUAGCCCCGACCGAGGAUUCACUGGAGUGUGCUGUCGUGAUCCGGACUACGUUGACCCAUGGCCAGUAGGUCUGCUUGGAUUGUACAACCCCGAGCUGCUGCCCUUCGAUGAUGGUUCCUAUAAACCGAACGGCAACAACGGUAAUGGCAACGGAAACAGCGUUACUCGGAACGAAGGGAUUCAAGGAGCGCAGAGCCGCGUCACUCCGGCCUUCGCCCCGAAUCAACUGACCAGCGCUAGCCAGUCACAGUUUACUCAAACUAAGUCCCAGUACGAUCGAGGAGCCACAGCGGCCGCAUCGUCCACAUCCACAACAACCGUCCAACAGCAACAGUACAAUGGCGGCAGUACCGGUAGUAAGCGAUUCACCGCUGGUGGACUACAGUUUGUUCACAGUGGAAAUACCAAGUUCAAGCCGUUCCAGAAGCAGGGAAAUGCUCAAUGUGCUCCCCGGAAUUAUAACACUCAACCACGAGGAGCCGGACAGUGGGAUACCGGAUUUGGCGAGUUCCCUUGGCAAGCAAUGGUGAUCCUUGAAUCGAACAAGUCUCUUCUGUGCGGAGGAGCUAUCAUUUCGGAAAAUACUGUAGCAACGGCAGCUAACUGUGUUUACGGUUUGAACCCGCGUGACGUGAUGAUCAAGGGAGGCGAAUGGAGAUUGGGAGUGGAUGCUGAACCAAAGACAUUCCAGAUUGUUCGAGUGAAAAAUGUUAUCUACCAUCCGGCUUAUCAACCGGCGACGCUGAACUACGAUGUGGCUCUUUUGGUUCUGGAAGACCGACUCCGUUACGAUACUCAUAUUGGAGCUAUCUGCCUGGACGAGAAUGACGUUGUUCCAAGUGCAUCGUACGAAAACUGCGUUACCACAGGCUGGGGACGAGAGGUAUUGAGGAUUCACAUUGGAAACGCCCUAAUGCACUACAUGCCGAUUUCCCUCCUGUCGGAAUCGGAGAGUCAACGACAGCUGUCGGCCAAUGGAUUCACACCGGAGUCGCACAUCUGCGGUCGUCCUACGGCCGAUGCCUGCGAGGUAGAUAUCGGUAGUGCCUUGGCUUGUGCUGACACCAGCGGAACAUACUACCUGAAGGGUAUCUAUUCGGCGGAUAAUGGCUGCGGUCGACCGGAUCAGGUUGUGUCUUUCACGAACAUCGACGUGCAAUGGAUUAGGCAAGCGCUAAAGAACCCAAACGCGUUCAUUACUCCCAUUCCCAACUACCAGCCGGCAGCUAACAGUCCAGUAGUUAGCGUCCAGCAACUGUCCACGUUCGGACCUAACAAGGCUUACCUGCCACCGUAUAAAUAA